AUUUAAUUGUUUACAUUUUGUUUACAUUUUUUAGCUAGUGCAAAGUCUGCAAAAAUGUUUAUGAAAUAUUUUAAAAAAUCACUACAAAGAAGAAAUUAGUUGUAUCGAGAAUAUGAAUACCGAAGAUGUGUUAUUGAUAAGGCUUAUCGUGAACUUCAACAAGCAAUGGAUCGGUUAGACCAAACCACAAGAUGGUCAUUUUGGGCAUUUGUUAUUGUCGUGGUUUGUCUAUUUUAUCUGAAGUUGGACGGUUUUCGUAAUGAUGGCAAGAUUGAGGAUAAUCUACAUUUGUGGAUGAAAAAGAACAGCUUAUCAUUUCUGGUGAAAACAUUUCAUAGAGAAGGUAUCACUUCAUUUGAUAAACUCUUAAAAAUUGAUGUUAGCUAUUUUAUCAAACAGAACAAUUUAAACCUCAAACAAAGGAAGAUUUUUAUAAACAAAGUAAAUAUGUUAAGAGAAAAAGAGUUAGAAUUGAAAUUAUGGCUUGAAAGCAAAGGUCUGGGAAAGUACCUGGGGGGAUUUUUAAAACUUGGUCAUGUUGAUCUGGAGCAUAUCCAGAAGAAAUUGUUGGGAUCUGAGAUUAAAGAUGUGAUAAGCAGUAUGGAUGGCUCUUUUGCUGACUACAAGUUACUUGUUGAAGUUAUUAUAGAAGUCAGAAGGAAUUCUAGUCAGGGCUGGAGGAUUGUCUCUGUGUUUUAUUUAUUUUUUCAAACCUUUAUGUUCCUAUUUAAAUGGAUAUUUCGACUGUUGUUGCUCCUGGUUGGAUAUAAGAGUUACCAGUAUGUUGUAUCUAGAUACAAUAGCUUACAUAGCCGUGAUAUAACAUUCUUGCAAUAUUUUGUUGGCUACUAUCUUGAUCCUAUGUCCUGUCAGGUGGAAUGGUUGCAGAGAGAUAAAACUGCAGUUGGAAGUACCGCAUCAUUCCUUGUUAAGCUCUACCACAAAAGUCGGUUUCUCACCUAUACAAUCACAGGAAAAGAAAACGUCCUUGUUGAGAUUAGCAACAGACUUGGAGCUAAAGAGUGUCUCAAAGAAAAAGAUGAAAAAAGAAAGAAUGCUUAUUUUGUGUCCUUUCAUCCUAAAGUCUCAGGACGUUAUAGCAUCUCAGUGAUGGUUAAUGGAAAACAUAUUCUUGGGAGUCCAUUUCUCAGGGUGUUUAAACCAGGUCCUGUUGAUAUGUCAAAAGUGUCCAUUAUGAAUGGCAUCAACACAGUUGUUGUCAAACAGGGCGUUUAUUAUCCUCUCAAGAUCGAAACACGCGAUAAGUAUGAAAAUCUGUGUGAACUGGAAUGUACAAAAGAUAUGUUUGAAAUCACUGUUAAACAGGUUGGUUCAGACAAUAUCACUGUGGAUUCUGAACCGAUUUAUUUACCAGAAAAUAGCGGAGGUAAAAACAUGUUGCAUAUUAAGUUGGAGGAUGUAGGAUGCUUCCAUGGUGUUGUCACCUGUCAAGGAAAGUCUAUCAUAAAUGGUGCCUUCGAUAUUGUAUCCUUGAACCAGACUGAUAUGGAAGCUCUUGAAAAAGCAACGAUGAAGGAUUACUGGCAUCAGACCUGGUAUGAAGGAUAUCUUUUAACGUCUGAUUAUCAAGAAGUUAGUUCAGGCAAAGACUGGACCUCCUUUCUGAAAUCCAAUUGCCGCAAGAUAUAUUUUUAUUUUUCAUCAAGACAACUUUCUAUAAAAGAAUUUUAUUUGAAAAUCAUCCCAUACAAACUCUAUUCGUUUCGCAUCUCUCCUUCAACGAAGGUGAUAUUUCCUGAAAAUGAAGAGCGUAGAGUAUUUCUUCUGGACGAUGGAAUACAAUCCCGCGUUGUUUUCACAUCGGCUAAAAGGGAUCUUAUCAUAGCAACGUUCGCGCGAUAUUUGCUUCGGAAUAUUGGUGGAGCAGAGUCAUUUCAGGACAAAAGGCGUUUCUUUUACAAAGCUUUGCAAUCACAUCAUAGCAAAAAUAGAUCAACCCAAACGAAAUAUGUCACGGUAGUAAUCGACCGAGGGAAUAUCCUAGACAGUUCUUAUGAAGCAACAAAAGGCUUCUCCAUAUCCAAAUGGUGCAGACGUUUCUAUAUAAAGUUUAAAGACGAACCAGGGCAAGAUGCUGGAGGUUUAACACGAGAAUGGAUCUCAGUUUUAUCAAGAGCACUAUUUGAUCCUCAAAAUGAGUUAUUCACACAAUUCAACAAAGAAGAUAAACAAGCUCUGAUAUACCCAAAUCCACAUCGACCAUCUCAAUUAAAACUGAAGUAUUUUGAGUUUGCUGGGGACGUUUGUUGGAAGUGUAUUUUGAGUCCUCGUGUGGGGGCAAUUCGCAGACUGAACGUGAAAGCAAGAUUUAUGAGAUCAUUUCUUGCGCAACUCAUUGGCCUUCGUGUUAACUACAAGUAUUUCAAGACGGACGAUAAACAACUGUAUUCAAGUAAGAUCGAAUAUAUUCAAAAGGUCGAUCCAGAAGAUCUCAAUUUGUUUUUCUCUGAAGAAGAAUAUGACAGAAAUGGAAAGCUUGUAAAGGAAGUUGAACUAAUUCCAGAUGGAAGUAAGAUUGAGGUGACGACACAGAACCGCAUGAAAUAUUUAGACGCGCUUGCCCAGUAUAAACUUCACACUGGGAUCAAACAUGAGGUUGAGGCAUUUAUUAAAGGCCUGAAUGAGCUUAUCCCAGACAAUCUUUUGACAAUGUUUAGUGAACAAGAGCUAGAGCUUCUCAUUUGUGGAACGAGUGAUAUAAGCGUGAACGAUUUAAAGAAUAACCACAACAGUUUCAACGAGCAUUCAUCAUUUUCAAAGGUUAUGUCAUGGUUUUGGAAAUCAAUCGCUUUGUUCAAUCAGGAAGAGUUCGCUCGUUUACUGCAGUUUACGACAGGAAGCUCCCAACUUCCACCCGGAGGAUUUGCGUGUUUAACUCCGAAAUUCUCAUUUUCUUCAUCACCAAUAAGGAACGGUUUACCCAGAGCACAUACAUGUUUCAAUCAGCUGGUCUUGCCGGAUUACACGUCAUAUGAAGAGUUUGAUCGUUGUCUUCAUCUGGCGAUCACGGAGGGUUGCGAGGGGUUUGGAUUUGAUUAAACAACUAGGAUAUUCAUACCCCUUAAAUCUCAAGGAUCAUACUGAAGAUACAAUGAUUAUAA